AUGGCUAGUAAUUUUUUGUCAACUGUAAUUGUGCUCGUUUCAACUCUCUUAAUAGCCCUGCUAUUCAAGAAGCCCGUGCAAGUUGGAAGAACCUUCGUUUGGAAUAACUGCAUCGUUUUUUCCUUAUCUAUCAGUACAAAAAAGCUUAGUAUUAAUGAAAUCGUCCUGGAUAUAAAAUAUAAAAAAAAUGCGCUACGCGUGCAUUUGAACGACGUAAAAUUUGUUUUUGCAAAAUGGUCCAUUGGGUGCCAAGGAAAGAAAAGUAGUGGGGGUGUAACUAAUAGAGGGAAGAAGCUUCUUUUUUGUGUGACCAAAUUAUUUCUCCUCGUAUUGAGAUUAAUAGAUGUUUACAUAAAAAGGUGCCAUUUGCUCGUGCAAGAAAGUAUGCAACAGAAUGGGCAGCAAUGUGCUGAUCAAAAUGAGACCACGGUGAACGAGAAGCUGGAUAACCACGGAGACACAAAAGAUGGUGCCACGACGCAAGGGAGGAAAAUGAACACUGUCACGGCAGCCAUCGACGUAGUUCUGUCAAAUGUGUACUUAACGAAAAAUAGAGGCAAUUUGAUCCUUUUUCGACGUGGAGAAAACUUUCAUUUUGUGCAACGACGGCUCGGAGUGCACAAUUUCGUCUGGGAGUUUCCGGACAUGCUACUAUCACCAGCAGAGGAGUGUUUCCGUGGAGGGGUAUUCAUGCUGUACAUUUAUUUUUAUUUAAACUGUUUGAUACAUCUGUACGACAUGAACAUGCGCAUCGAUAGGAGUAUCAUGAAGGACUUCUCCCUACUGAAGCAUUUUUUGGCAAAGAAACGAAAGGAAAAAAAAAAUAGCAAAAUGGCUAGUUGUAUAUACCCGUGUAUAACUCCCUGUUUUGCUGACGUGUUCAGGCAAAUGUGUCGUCUUUUCAUUGGCUAG